UCGGGAAUCUAUGUCUCCGUUUCUUCUCAAAAUGAUGACCCGACUCUGAGCAAAAAGUUGCUGUCCUUUUCUGCGUUUUCUAUCGAACCUCUGUAACCGAACCCCGCCUUUUGUUUUGUCUCUUUCAGACAAUUUUCCCUAAAGGGUAUAAUCGUAUAAAAAAGUCUUGACCAAAAAAAAAAAAAUCUUGACAAGUGAAGAAAGACAGUCAUGCUUCCCAUGUCCAGCGGCGCCGCUUGUAUGGGCGGAGACGAACACGACGCAGCGUCUUGGACCAGAAACAAUAAUAACAAUGAGGCAGAACCCAGAAGAAACGACCAAGAUUCGAGCUUGGGAGUUUCUUUUUCAAACGUCAAAUUAAUGCUGGAAGGUGACUGGUACACGAACAACAUUCUCAGCAACCCAGCUCAAGACCUCCAUACCUUCUCUUCCACCCAAGCUUCUGAAACUACAUUUGCUCCUCUGCAACCAAACGACUCCUCCGCCUCCUGUUCUCCGUCGCAGGCAUUCUCUAUCGACUCUUCACAGCCGUCACAGCAGUUUUUGCCUCCAAAAUCCUGCUUCUCCUCUCUCCUCAACGUCGUCUGCUCCAACCCUCUUGAUAGCAGCUUCGACCUGGGCUGCGACGCUGGGUUUCUGGGCUCCUUUCAGGGAAAUCAGCCUUCCAAGUCCUCUCUUCUGAUGGGUUUCACGGCUCUCAAUUCUCACUCUCAGAUGGGUACUCCCGAGUUCAGUUCGAGCGCCGAGUUUCCGGCGAGUCGGUUGCUGCCAGUGACCGACAACGCCAAUAUACUCGACGGCGACUUUGGCUUCGAAGGCUUCGAUGGCUCCGCCGGUGCUCAGCUGCUGAACGGGGCUAAGCUCCUGUUCCCUCCCAUGGGUGCUCAGCCCACUCUUUUCCAGAAGCGCCGCCAAAACUCUGGCGGUGAUGGGGCUGAUAAAUUGGGGAAUUUGGAGAUUUCGGCCCCCAGAUACGGAGGACUAGUGGAGAAUUUGGAGAAGAAGAGGGGGAACGACGAGGGUGAGGUGGAGGAAGAGAGUCUGGAUGUGUCUGGUUUGAAUUAUGACUCGAACGAUUUUAAUGAGCACAGUCAAGUGGAGGUGGAGGACAAUGCGAAGAAUGGUGGAAACAAUUCGAAUGCCAACUGCACUGUCACCGGAGUAGAGGGAGGUGACCGCAAGGGCAAGAAGAAGGGUUUGCCGGCCAAAAAUCUGAUGGCGGAGAGAAGGCGGAGGAAGAAGCUCAAUGACAGGCUCUACAUGCUUAGGUCUGUUGUACCCAAGAUAAGCAAGAUGGAUAGGGCGUCCAUACUAGGGGAUGCAAUUGAUUAUUUGAAAGAACUUCUACAAAGGAUCAAUGACCUCCAUAACGAGCUGGAUUCAGCUCCACCUAGCUCUUUGCUGCCACCUUCAACAAGCUUUCAUCCGUUGACACCCCCUCCAUCCACCCUUCCCUGCCGUGUCAAAGAAGAGCUCUGCCCAAGCUCCUUGCCUAGCCCCAAAACUCAACCGAAGGUGGAGGUUCGGGUAAGGGAAGGGCGAACUGUUAACAUCCACAUGUUCUGUGCUCGGAGACCAGGUCUCUUUCUCUCGACCAUGAGGGCCUUGGAUAACCUUGAUUUGGACAUCCAGCAGGCUGUGAUCAGCUGCUUCAAUGGGUUUGCUUUAGACGUGUUCCGUGCUGAGCAAUGCAUGGAAAACCAGUUCUUGCCAGAGCAAAUAAAAGCACUACUUUUGGAUUCAGCUGGAUUUCAUAAUAUGAUGAUGUAACUGUUACUCGAGCAAUACAAAUUGGAGCCUUACAAUUGGGAGACAUGAAGGCUGGCAGGCUGACACUAACUAACUAGUAGUGUGGUUUGUUUGUACCUCCCUCAACUCAACUAAUGGAGUAGCUAGUUUGUAAAUGCAGCGGCUUUCUUCUCCUCUCUUCGUUCCAUCGGUAGAGCCUAUAGAGCUCAACUCGAACUAUGUAAGCCGACGAUGUCCGUAGGUUUAGUUGUUUUUAUCAUCUGGUUUGUUGCAGUGGAUUAUGUUAUGUAGAAUCAUCAGGCAAAACUGCUCUGUUAUCUUCAGUAGCUAACUUCAGCUCUUGAAGUUAAUUUCUUCGUCUCAACUGUAGUUUACUUGUGCAUGCAUGAGUGAUAUGAUCAGUAGGCUACAAUGUGUGUUGGUGAGUU